AAAACAUUUUCCUUUUCCAAAUUCAAUAGAAAAAAAAAAUGAAUAUAUAUCAUGAUCUUAUAUAAAUUUUUAUAUUAAUUAAAUGAAAAAAAAGUUGUCGCUUGCUAAAUUAUGUAUACACAAGACCCGAAUUUUAGGCUGGAACAGUCUCGUCUCCUAUAUUUCUAAACACUGAAAAUUCGUUAAAAAUCUAUCCAUGUCCAUCAAUCGACGGGCGCUUAUGUUUUGACUGUGGACGAUCCUUACAACGUUAGCUUCUUCGCCUUUCACUCUCUCUCUCUCUCUCUCUCUAUAUAUAUAUAUAUAUACCUAUUCCUCAACUCACAAGCAUCUUGAAUUUACUCUCUGCUAUUCCUUUUCACUUCAAUUGAGACAUCACUGAGAGUGAGCGAGACUACUGUGUUCGUGGGUGUGACAUAGUUUUCGCUUUUCUUUUUCAUGUUAUCUGCAUGUAAUUGUACUCGAUUUGGUGCUAUUUGAUGGGACAAUGGGUUCUCUGGAGUCUGCUCUUCCGUUGAAGAGGGAGAGUCUUCUUCGCUCUUCUUCAGCUGGUAGAAGCGAGAGAUAUCCCUUUUUGCUCAGACCCAGAUCGAGAUUUUCCCGUUUCUUGCUUUCCAAGAAGCUAGAUUACCUGCAAUGGAUUUGUACAGUGGCUGUAUUUCUCUUCUUUGUUGUUCUUUUCCAGAUGUUUUUGCCUGGUUCUGUGAUUGAGAAAUCACAGGAUUCGAGGAAACAGCUGGACAUGGUUUAUGGGGAUUUGUUGUAUUUGAAGGAUAUGGGAACUUUAGAUUUUGGAGAAGACAUCAAACUCGAGCCUUCAAAGCUUAUGGAGAAAUUUCAAAAGGAAGCUAGAGAAGUCAAUCUGUCAUCUAGUUUCAAUAGAACACAACAUCGUUUCGGGUAUAGGAAACCCCAGCUCGCAUUGGUGUUUGCGGAUCUGUUAGUGGAUCCACAGCAGCUGCUGAUGGUGACUGUUGCAACCGCAUUGCAGGAGAUUGGUUAUACAACCCAGGUUUUUUCACUUGAAGAUGGUCCUGCACAUGAUAUAUGGAAGAGCAUAGGAGUCCCAGUCACCAUUUUUCAGAGCAACCACAGGAUGGAAAUUGCUGUUGAUUGGCUAAUUUAUGAUGGCAUACUUGUGAACUCAUUGGAAACCAAGGUUGUUUUUUCUUGUUUUAUGCAGGAGCCUUUCAAGUCCAUACCUCUUAUAUGGACCAUCCAUGAAAGAACUCUUGCUGUUCGUUCAAGACAAUACACUGUAAAUGGGCAAAUUGAGCUUGUGAAUGAUUGGAAAAGAGUUUUCAACCGUGCUACUGUAGUGGUCUUCCCAAACCUUGUCCUGCCGAUAAUGUACUCUGCAUUUGAUGCUGGAAACUAUUAUGUUAUUCCGGGUUCUCCUGCUCAAGCAUGGGAAGCAGAUGAUGUGGUGGCAUUGUACAAAGAUAAUGUGCGUCUGAAAAUGGGUUAUGGACCUGAUGAUGUUGUCAUUACAAUUGUAGGAAGUCAAUUUCUAUACAGGGGUUUGUGGCUGGAGCAUGCACUCAUUUUGCAGGCUUUGUUACCACUUUUUUCUGACAUCCCAUUCGGUGAUAAUUCAAAUUUUCAUCUCAAAAUCAUUGUCUUAAGUGGCAAUUCAAGCAGUAAUUACAGUGUGGCUGUUGAGGCAAUUGCUGUUAACUUGCAUUAUCCAAGAGGUGCUGUAAAGCACAUAGCUAUUGAUGGGGAUGCAGGCAGUAUGCUAAAUGCAGCUGAUAUUGUGGUAUAUGGGUCCUUCCAUGAGGAACAAUCUUUUCCAGAAAUUUUGAUAAAAGCCAUGUGCAUUGGAAAACCCAUCAUAGCCCCAGAUCUCCACAUGAUUAGGAAAUAUGUUGAUGACAGGGUGAAUGGCUUUCUUUUCCCUAAGGAGAAUAUCAGGGUUCUAACACAGAUUGUAUUGCAAGUGAUUUCAAAUGGAAAAUUAUCACCUUUAGCUCGCAAUAUUGCUUCAGUAGGAAAGGGUACUGCUAAAAACCUGAUGGUUGCAGAAACUGUUGAAGGUUAUGCUUCUCUACUUGAGAAAGUUAUCAGGCUUCCAUCAGAAGUUGCUCUUCCUAAAGCUUUUGUGCAAAUUCCUGCCAAAUUGAAAGAAGAAUGGUGCUGGCAUCGAUUUGGAGCAUUUCUAAAUUUGACAUAUGAAGACAGAACUUUGAGAAGUUCCGGAUUCUUAGUCAAGGUCGAGGAGCAGUGGAACCAUACACAAAGAGAGAGCUCUGGUUCUAUAACUUCUAAUGACGAAUCAUUCUCAUAUGAAAUUUGGAAAGAAGAGAAAGACAAUCAGAUCUUUAAUGCAAGAAAGAGAAGAGAGGAAGAAGAGCUAAAAGAUCGAAGUGAUCAACCUCAUGGUACAUGGGAGGAAGUAUAUCGAGGUGCCAAAAGGGCUGAUAGAACUAGAAAUGAUUUACAUGAAAGGGAUGAAGGGGAACUUGAGAGGACAGGUCAGCCAUUGUGCAUUUAUGAACCAUACUUUGGGGAAGGAACCUGGUCUUUUCUUCACCUUAGUUCACUGUAUCGUGGAAUAGGGUUGUCCACAAAAGGUAGAAGACCUAGGACUGAUGAUGUUGAUGGACCCUCUCGUCUACCACUUCUUAAUAAUCCAUAUUAUAGGGAUACCCUUGGUGAAUAUGGAGCUUUUUUUGCAAUUGCAAAUCGAAUUGACCGUAUUCACAAGAAUGCUUGGGUAGGGUUUCAAUCUUGGAGGGCAACAGCAAGGAAGGCAUCUUUAUCUCGGACUGCUGAAAAGGCAUUAUUAGAUGCUAUUCAAACACGAAGGCAUGGGGAUACACUCUACUUUUGGGUUCGCAUGGACAUGGAUCCAAGAAAUCCGUUGCAGCAAGAUUUUUGGUCAUUUUGCGAUGCUAUUAAUGCUGGAAAUUGCAAGUCAGCAUUUUCUGAGGCAUUUAGGAGUAUGUAUGGUGUUGGGCAAGAUUUGGAUUAUUUACCACCUAUGCCUGAUGAUGGGGAUACAUGGUCUGUCAUGCUGAGUUGGGCUUUGCCAACGAGGUCCUUCCUAGAGUUUGUGAUGUUUUCAAGAAUGUUUGUAGAUGCAUUGGAUGCACAAAUGUAUGAGGAGCACCAUCAGAGUGGUCAUUGUUAUCUGAGUUUAUCGAAGGAUAAGCAUUGCUACUCACGAGCCCUUGAGCUGCUGAUAAAUGUCUGGGCAUACCACAGUGCAAGGCAGAUGGUGUAUGUAAACCCUGAGACUGGCUUGAUGCAAGAGCAGCACAAAAUGAAGAGCAGGAGAGGCAAAAUGUGGGUUAAAUGGUUCUCGUACGCCACCCUAAAGAGCAUGGAUGAAGACUUGGCUGAGGAGGCAGAUUCUGACCACCCUAAGAAAAGGUGGUUAUGGCCAUCAACAGGAGAGGUAGUCUGGCAAGGUGUGUUUGAAAAAGAAAGGAAUCUUCGCAAUCGACGGAAAGAGAAGAGGAAGCAACAAAGCAAGGACAAACUCCACCGGAUGAGGAGAAAACGCCACCAAAAGGUAAUAGGGAAGUAUGUAAAGCCCCCACCAGAGGAGAUAGAAAAUUCAAACUCAACAAUGUUAAAGUCUUUGUUUUUGUAGAAUUAAAUUCGUUUUUUGGGAGUUGGGCAGCCUUGGAAUUGGUAGGGUUAAUUUGAUAAUUCUUUCAUUGUUAAUUUUUCCCUCAUCAGUUCUUAUUUUGUAUGCGAGGGGUUUGUAUGUAACUAACUGCAUGCUUAUAAAUACUGAAGAAUGUCUCAAUUUUAUACUAGCUUUCUUGUUCUUUUAA